CAGGCCUGGACCUGGGAGCGGAAGAGGCCGGGGUUGUUGGCUGAGGCGCGGAGACCGUUUGGCGGCGAGUCCCGGGCCAGCCCGAGCUCAAAGUCCCAGUCCCCGGGAGACGCCAGAAGAAACUGAAGGACUUGGGGUUCCGGAGCAGUCGCCGCUGGCUGCUGCUGCCGUUCUCCCUCUGCACCGCGGACGCCUCCGCCCCCGCCGCCUGAGGACGCGGCCCUGACAGGCCUCUAGGCCUAGGCGCGGCCCGAGGAGCCCGACGUGGUGCUGCUGGUGCUGCUGUGAGUAAUACGAGCUCCCUCUCCACAGUCGUUGACAAAUUAAAAUGGAGGAAAUUUCGUUGGCUAACCUGGAUACUAACAAGCUAGAGGCCAUCGCUCAGGAGAUAUACGUAGACCUAAUAGAGGAUUCUUGUUUGGGCUUCUGCUUUGAGGUGCACCGGGCAGUCAAGUGUGGCUACUUCUACCUGGAGUUCGCAGAAACUGGUAGCGUGAAGGAUUUUGGCAUUCAGCCAGUGGAAGAUAAAGGAGCAUGCCGCCUCCCGCUUUGCUCCCUUCCUGGAGAAUCCGGGAAUGGGCCUGAUCAGCAGCUGCAACGCUCACCCCCAGAAUUCCAGUAGCUGCAACAUGAGAGAGUCAGAGAGUGACCAGGACAAUAACAUAGACCGGUCCUGUGGUUUGGAGAAGUUAGGUAUCUAAACAGAAAAAGAAAAAAGAAAAAGAAAAAAAAAAAAAGAAAGAAAGAAAGAAAUGAAACAAAAGUCCCACUUCCCAUUGAACAUCCUAGCCUUUAAACACCCAAAGUGGAGAAUUUAGGAAUUCGGAUCCUUUUAUAAGUAUGUUACCUGGAUCAGCUUUGAAACCCUGGGCAGGAGGAGCUGUGCAUCCUGUGCCCCGUGCCAUGCAGGUUGAUCUCUACACCAGGAAGUGCACAAGAUCCCUGUACUGUCCCCAGUGCACAGGUGAGCAGCUGUGUGCCCAGCGUAUAAAUCCUUUGGUUCCUCAGCCUUUCUCUCUGCCUGAUGUCAAGGGCUUUCUGGAUAACUGACAGUUUGGACAAAGCUGAUGGUCAGGCCUUAAUCACUGGGCCUCAGUGGGACUGCUCCUCUGAUCUCUGAGCCUCUGAUUUGGACUUCUCCAAGACAGAUGAAAGUCAGGUAUGAGAUCUGGAUAUUAACAGUUCCAAUUUGGGAAAACCAAGAAAAAGAAUUACGACUGAAUCUGGUAGGGGAAGCUCUGUGAUCUUGCCUCCCAACAAGAAGAAAAGGUCAAAGCUACCAGUUUCCCAAAGGUCCAGCAUGUACAGUGACUUGAACGGACUUGGGGACAAGGGCUAACCUUUUGCUGAACAGAGCCCUUUGUCUUGCACCCCACCCAGUGGCAUAGGCUUAUUAAAUGGACAACUUGGUUAUCCAGGCAGGCUGAGGAUUUAGUUAUGAUCCCUUGAGGAGGUAGCAGGGGCUUCUGCAACUAUGCACGAUCUCUUAAACUGCAAGAUUCAUAUCUGGAUAUAUUAUGCUGUGAACAACAGUUUGGUGGGGCAGUCAUUUUCUUACUCUUGAGUUACUAGCUACCCAGCCAGUCCAUGUGUCUGACUUGGUCAUUAUGCCAGGUCGCUACCUGCCUCCUAUGCCAGGGGUAGGCCUGAAUUACAGAAAAGCAUAAUGGCUGGGCAGGAGACUGUGAUUGAAAGCUGAGCCCAGAGGGGACCUCUUUCAGCUGCCCUUGAUGUUAAUGGGUUAGUAUUAGUACUAGGAGCCAAGGAGCAAGCCUGGGUCGUCUCAUUUGACUGCAGUAUCCUAUUGAAUGCCCCUGUUCUUGGUUUGGGCAGUCAAAGCUCUGUUAUGGUAAACAUCUAGACUGUCACCACCUCUGCCCCUCAGGAGGGGCAGCCCCUUCCAUUCAGUCUCUUUUGGAUAUUCUUGACAACAAGAGCUAUCUUUCUGUUGUCAGAAGUCAGGAAUGGGAUAGGCAAGGAUGGGAAAUGUGAGCCACAUAUCAAAACUACCCUCCACUUUACUCCCUGAUUGAGGGUUUAUGAAGUGUAGAGGGGUGAGAACCCCAAAGUGAGCGGGAACGGUGCUGCUUUAUUUGAAAUGUUUUCUUACCUCAUUCUGUGCCCCAGUAAGGGUCCCAGCCUCAUCUGUCUGGCUUGGCCCCAUGUUCCUACUGUCCCCUGCUCCACUGCCUAUCUGGUGCAGCUCACGACCCCAGGUGCUGCCUGCUACCCUGCUUUCACACUGACCAGUUUCAGUUCAUCUCUCUUGAUGCUCCUGCUUCUUAAGCCUACCCAGUUUCCCUGUCCUUGGCUUCUUUCAAGUUUUUCUUGGGUUGUUGUUUUUUUCCCCCUCGUUCUUUUAGGAGAUCCAGAGAAGAAUUUUCUGGUGGGUUCCUCUGUUGGGAUUAAGAUGGGAAGAGAACAUAAUUUUUUGUGUAUGAAAGGCAGUGUCAUGCCUAAGCAUUUUCCUAUAGGACUGCCUUGCUAGAUGCCUUCCUGCUGUGUCUUACUUCAUAAGGAGUUACAUCUUCCCACCUCCACUUGGAUACUGCCUCUUAGGACCUAAGCA